GAUCAGCGCGGGGGAAUUGGAAGAUGGGGAAAUUGUCGCCAUCGUUUCGUUCAGCUCUCUCCACCACGGUCGUUAACCAACCGCCUCGUCCUCCGGCGGCGCCUCCGCUUUUGUCCGGCGAGUACCGCUCCUUAUAUUAAAAAUGAACACCAAAACUUCGCCAGAAAACCUCUUCGCGUCAGAGCUCCGGCCACCCUGGAAAGCCGAAACUCCCGACGGUGUUCAAAUCGGCUAGUCUUGCAGAUGCCAAGAAGCUCCACAGCUCCUUCGUCACCACCACGAAACCUCAUCGGAUCGAUCGACGUUUCAUAUCUUACUCUCCACCUCCGGGAAUGGUACUGUACUGAUUCGUCUCUCGAUUCGGUUCGGCAAAUUCUCAAUUUCAUGGUUAACAAUGGCUUCAAUCCUGACAAGGUAACCACGGAUAUUGCUGUGCGUUCGCUUUGUUCGGUAGGUUUGGUUGAUGAAGCUAUAGAGUCGCCUCUUGAUUCUUAUACAUUUAAUCAUCUCGUUAAACAACUUUGCAUGUCAAAGCUCUGUCUACUGUUUAUGGUUUUAUUGAUGAAAUGCGUAGUAGCUGUGGCGCGAAGCCAGAUCUUGUUACUUGUACUAUCUUGAUAGAUAAUGUGUGCAAUAGCAAGGAUCUACGUGAGGCGACACGGUUGGUUAGUGUGCUGGCUAAGGAGGUUUUUAAGCUGAAUUGCUUUGUUUAUAACUCAAUUAUGAAGAUUUAUUGUAUGCUUGCUGUCACAAUCCCACUUUUCUUGGUAGCGUAUGUCCAGUUAAUGUAGGCAAGCAUACCUCUCACUCCGAUUUGAGAAGAAGAUUUUAGAAAACGGGGACGGAGAGAUUUAGAAGGAGACAUUGAAACCAAGAUUGAGAGGAUUUGAAAGUAAUGUUAUAUAACAUACAAGUAAAAGGCAACACAAUAGCUUAAGUAGUAUAUAACUUUUUCGGGUAUGGAGAAUUUGACAACUAGUCGCAUCUCCCUAGAGUACAUUUUGAAGCGAUUCAGGUUUGGUAGGCCGAGACGUGAUUUCGCUGAAUGGUCAUACAAACAGAAAAUACAAUGUUAGACAAAUACAACAUGGAAUAACAUAAAGGGUUUGACGAGGUAUGGGCAUGCAGCAAUGGACAACACGCCUUGGACGAGCAUGACCGUGAUACUUGGCAGGAGCAGCGAGGCAAUUGGUGUCGGGCGCUUUGCAGGAGUGGUAGAAUUUCUGAAGCCUAUCGAGUGUUUGAUUAUGCAGUUGAGAGUAAAAGUCUGACUGAUGUUGCUGCAUAUUCAACGUUGGAGAGUACACUGAAGUCACUGAAGAAGGCGAGGGAGCAAAGCCAUGCUAUAUAACUGGCCUGGAUCAACAACCUCAACAAGCAUUUGGCUGGCUGGUGAACAAAGUGGUUUAGCCCGGGUUAUCAGAGCUUGCUGGGUAAAUUUUCAUAGCUCAAGCAAUGGCAGGAGAAUAUGCUGAACCCAAAAACGUUGAUCAACUCAUCUCAAAAGGAAGUGGAUUGCAUUACAUUCAUGCACCUCCACAUUCAUCCGCUACCGUAAAGAUUUUUGCUCUGUUUUUCGCUCUGCGCCCUUCACAUGUUCGACAAAAUGCCUGACUGAACCUCUUCUCAUGUCUCCCUCGUGGCGUCUCUCCACGACCGGGGCCUCACUGUCUUCUCUCAAUUUUUGACCAUGUGAAUGACUUCUUAAAGUUCUUACAAAGUGAUUGAUGAGCAUUUGUGGAUUUUCAUAACCAGCUCUUUAGCAAUUUGCACACCAAGGAUGGUGAUCUCAUCGAUAUUCACCGAUGCCCACCAGCCUGUUAGAUCGGUUAGCUUGCCUGCGAGGGUGGAGCUCGAGCCAGAACCAUUGCUGGAGAGCCUAAAAUCCUUUCAAGUUUCGUCUUUCAAUGCGAAAACGACUUCUUUUGGACUCGAAGGGAUUCGAGCUGCAUUGGUUGGGCUAGCAGAGUUGUAUAACUCUGUUGGGGAGCUUGUUCAGUCUUCUUCCACUCAGCAAGCUCUUGUUCACUAUAAGGAGGGGAAGCUUGUGGAAGAGGCUUUAACUGAGUCUGUUAUAUUGAUAGAUUCUUGUUGCUCUGCAAGAGACAUAAUCCUUAUGAUGAAACAAAAUAUACAAACCCUUCAAUCGGCUUUACGUCGAAAAGUAGCAGAUUCGAGCAUCGAAAGCCACGUUCGUGCCCACUUCAGCUUCCGAAGGAAAGCGAAGAAAGACAUUGGAAGCUUCCUCGGUUCAUUGAAGCAAAUGCAAAGUAAUAGAACAACAAGCUUCCCUUUAUUGGAUCUACCAAAUCAUGAUUUGUUGCCUCUUAUCAGACUGCUAAGAGAAGCAAGAACCAUCAGCAUCUCCAUCUUCGGAGAGCUUCUAGCAUUCCUAUCGACGUCGGUGGCGAAGGGGAAGGCUAGCGGGUGGUCAUUGGUCUCACAAUUGAUGCCCACGAUCAGGUCGAGAUCGGGGAAAGGACGGAAAAUAGUAAAUGAGUUGGAGAGUGUGGAUAUUGCUCUCCAUUCUCUCCUUGGCCAUGGGAGAGAAAACGAAAGCAAUGAUAAAAAAGCUGAAGUUCAAAUGGCACAAAGAAGGCUUAGAACAUUGGCGUCAAGUUUUGAAGGAAUAGAGAGUGAAUUGGAUUGCAUGUUCAGAUGUUUAGUUAAAUAUAGAGUGUGUUUUCUUAACAUGCUGGUUCAUUGAAUUGUUGAGAUCUCAAAACAUUCCAAAGUCUUGUACAUUUUAGUCACUUUGUGGUCACAAUUUUAUCUGAGAUAAAUAUAACCCGUCAUUCUUUGAUAGUA